AUGGCUGAAACCAAUGAAGUUGACGCAACGUCAAAAACAAAACAAAGAAAACAUGUGAGCAGAGCAUGUCUCGAGUGUAGGAAGAGACACUUCAAAUGCGAUGGGAAGGAGCCGGUAUGUGAUCGCUGUGCCAAAGCCAAUAAGGAGUGUGUUUAUGUAGAGAGCCAUAGAGGAGGUCUGCGAAAGAAAGGUGUAUCACGAAAAGCUGACAACAAGAACGGUGCGAGUGAAGGACUACAAGAUAUCGAGGAUUUCGCGCUAAUGAAGACCACCAAGGAUCUUAACUUUGUCCAGGGCAAGGAUAGCAAUGUACGGGGCAGAAGCGGCAACAAUGAUGAAAGUGAACUCUUCGACGAGUUGUACAAGUUACCUUGUGCUAAAGACAGCACCAAGUGUAGUGGACUCAAUUGUCCAGGUAAACAUGCCGUACAGUAUUUCCAGAGUCGACCCGACGGGAAAGCGUUGGACCUGAAGGAGGUGGAGAUCCUAAACAAUAUCCGAAAGAGAAUCAAGCUAGACCAUUCUGUUGGAAAUAUAGAUUGUCUCUUUGCAAAUCGCGAACCAGUGAAGAAUUUUGUCUCUUUCCGUGAGUUUGACUUCGGACUCAAGAUCCACAACGCAGAUCAUUUUAUCAACUUGGCUUCCCUCAACCAGGAUGACAUUCUCAAGAAGUACUAUGAGAAGUUCCAUGUAGCUCAUCCGUUUUUUCCAUCCAAUGACGAAUUACUUGUUUACCUUGCUACACCUUCAGUGGCUAGAGAAGUUCUUUUGAUAAUGCAAAUCGUAGGUGAGGGCGAAACGUCUAAUAUUUAUUCCAAGAACAUCGACUUGAUCUCAGACAGAUUAAUCCAGUGUCUUGAGCUUAUCAAAACUAACAAUGAGUUGGACCUUAUGUCCAUCCAAGUGCUAUUGCUUGUAUCAAUUGUAGCACAUAUUUCCUCUCUCCAUGUCUUCAGCAAGAAACUUAGACACUCCUGUGUUCACUUAUUACAGGAGUUGGAAAUCAACACGAUCGAUAAGGAUGAGGGCUUGCCUAAUGUGCCUGUGCUAUCGCCAGAAUCUGACGAUCCUUCUAAAACUCCGAAACUAUUCCACUCUUCCAGAUUAAAACACAUUUCCCACAGCAGUAUACUCAACGCAGCCAGAAGAACAUACUGGGAGUUGUACUUCUUUGAUGUUAUUAUUGGCUCUGCUGACGGGAGAACUAUCACAACUCUUGACUCGUUACCAUCUCAUAUCAGCUAUCCAUCAUUUCCCCCAAGAGAAGUAUUCGAUUACAAGGGCAGAUCAGAAGCCGCGAAACUCGUCACGGACUCGGUCAAGUUGAAUAUUCAGAUAAUCGAGAAAAAACCGAUCGACACCAUGCUUACAAGGAUGAAAGCUGCCAUUUCGAGCUGGGAAAUGAAAUUAGAAGAGCCUCAGAUGUAUAAUUCUCCGCCUUUGAUCCAACAAAAUGGUACUGUCAACGAAGGUGUCCAUCAAGCUAUCUUGUUGUGCAACUAUGCCAAAAUAUUUGUCCACCGUCCAUUCUCGUUCUUGUGGAAAAUCAACUCGCCUCAGAAUCCUAAAUGUGGAGAGGAAGUGCUCGAAGCUAAGGACUUGCCAACACAGACUGACGCGGAUUCCAGAGCAAUUAUAGAAACGAGAAAAACCAUUGAAGCAGCAAACUCGAUUGCCCAAGUAUUAAUCGAUACGAAUGCCUCUAAGGUCACAGAAAGAACUCCCUUGUUUGCCUGUGCUCUUGCUUUAGCAUCCUUGGUUCAUAUCAGUGCAUAUGUCUGGGUUGAAAGCACACUAUUAAACGACAUUUCAAGGACAUCAGGCUUAGAUCCUAGUGAAAUGGAUGUUUAUGCCGAGUACAUUAAGCUCUCAUUGUCUGCGAUUUACCCUAUCUCUAUGCAUUGGAUCCUUUCUGGUAAGUUGGCCAGACACAUUAGAGAGUCUUUGAAUACAUUGCGUCCCCAAUUGUAUUCCAAGUUAAAGGACAGCUUGCCUCAGAUCGAGAUCAGCAUAGAAAAGAUGAAUUUGGGCGACUCCAUAAAUGAUACCAGUUCUGAACCUAGUCGAACUUACAAUACAGCUACUGUUUCCACUAGUCAGACUAGCACUUCGCACCAAAGAUCUGGACUUGUUGUCAAUGCCAGUAAUAAUAACAAUAAUAACAAUAAUAACGGUAAUAGUGCCAUUACGGCCAACAAUGUUGACCUUCACAGAAACAGCAUCUCCAAUUUGCAAGGCUAUAGCAGUUUCUUCCCUAGUGGAUUGUCUCCAGUUUCGGAUACAGGAUGUGAUUGGAUUGAUAAGGCAUUAUUGGAUUACUUUGACGGAGAAAGCUUGAAUAUGGUGAGCUGAUGAAGAAUAACGACUAAAUGGAUAUAAAUGUAAUAAUGAUUAAUAUAUUGGAAAUACAAGAAUAUUUU